CAUCAUUCACCAUCACAUCUCUAGAUCGACCUUUUUCAUUUGAGUUGUGAGCCGCUUCUUUUCCAUUUGUGCUCUUGGUGAGGAUUCAUUAGCAUUUACGCUUCCAAAAUGGUUGCAGCAAAGAAACAGAAAAAGACCAUCGAGUCAAUUAACUCCCGCCUUGCCUUGGUGAUGAAAUCGGGAAAAUAUUGCUUAGGAUACAAGCAAACUUUAAAAACUCUUCGACAAGGCAAAGCAAAGCUGGUUAUCAUCGCUAAAAAUGCUCCUCCGCUAAGGAAAUCUGAGAUUGAAUACUACGCCCUCCUAGCUAAGACAGGUGUUCACCACUACAGCGGGAACAACAUUGAAUUAGGAACAGCAUGCGGAAAAUACUACAGAGUGUGCACACUCGCCAUCACAGACCCUGGUGACUCGGACAUUAUCACCACUUUGCCUGAAGCAUCAGCCUAGAUUAAAUAAAAAGUUAUAAAAGCAU